CAAUCGCGGAUAGUUCUCAUCUUCCGCGCAGUCUCGGUGUCCCUUCUCCUUCUGCGGCCCGUUCCUCCAGAUCGAUUGUUUAUAUACAAAAAUAUAUCGAGGCGAAUAAAAGAAAUAAAGAUGGAUCCCGAAGCAUUUCUAGAGUUAGCCAAUCAAGUAACGAAAUUAAAAAUGUAUCCUUAUUUCGACGUGGCUCAUUGUAUCAUCACCUGUCUCUAUCUGAGAGAUGAUCUGGCGGGAGGUUCACAUGUAUUUUCUAGAAAGCAUCCCCUUGCCUGUUGGUUUUCCACCAUGCUGUCAAUCUUUGCGGGAUCUCUGCUGGCCAAUUUUCUGUUGGGAGAGCCCGUUCUGGCCCCAUUCAAGACCAACAACCAGCUGUUGCUGGCGACGGCGGUGUGGUAUUUCAUGUUCUAUUCUCCGUUCGACGUGGCCUACAAAGUCUGCAAGUUCUUGCCGGUGAAAUUGGUGUUUGCCGCCCUGAAAGAAGUCCAGAGGUGUAAGAAAGUUCACGACGGGGUCAUGCACGCUGCCAAAAUUUAUCCUAAUGGUUACCUUAUUAUGAUAAUUAUUGGAGCGAUCAAGGGUAAUGGCUCGGCUUUCCUGAAAAUUUUUGAAAGACUCAUGCGUGGGAUAUGGACACCGACUGCCAUAGAAUUCAUGCAAACCAGUUUCUCUACCAAAGCCUGCAUUGCAGCUUCCGUCAUCUUUGUCCUGGAAAAGAAGACAGACUUCAUAUCGGCUCCUCACGCUCUCGUGUAUUUUGGAAUCGUCAUCUUCUUUGUCUACUUUAAGCUGUCGUCCAUGCUGCUGGGCAUUCACGAUCCCUUCCUCCCGUUCGAAAAUCUGUUCUGUGCACUUUUCAUGGGUGGAAUUUGGGAUGCCCUCAGUCGGGCCAUCUCUUCUGCCAAAGGAGAGAGCAGCCCCGCCAAAAUGGAUGCCUCUAAAGAUGGAAGAAUGGAUGCAGGAAGGAAGAAAGACUGAAGUAGUCUUACAUUAAUUUGGACCUAACUCUGUAAGAAUGCAAAGGAUGGGAAGCACCGUGUCAAGAAGCAGCAAAAAAAAAAAAAAAA